GAAGGCAGGUUGCAGAGUAAGAGCGGAUGCAUUGAAGAGUCUGCGGCUGCUAAUGCUCAACAUUUAUUUACGUUUUUAGUUGAUCGCAGUGACUUAAAAUGAGCUCCAUCGGCACUGGGUAUGAUUUAUCCGCCUCCACUUUCUCACCUGACGGAAGGGUAUUUCAGGUUGAAUAUGCCAUGAAAGCUGUCGAAAAUAGCAGCACGGCGAUUGGCAUUCGCUGCAAAGAUGGAGUGGUGUUUGGUGUAGAGAAGUUGGUACUGUCCAAGCUGUAUGAGGAAGGCUCCAAUAAGCGCAUUUUCAAUAUUGAUCGGCACGUUGGAAUGGCUGUGGCUGGUCUUCUAGCAGAUGCACGAUCUCUCUCAGAAGUGGCCAGAGAAGAGGCUUCAAGCUUUCGCUCCAACUAUGGCCAUGACAUCCCACUGAAGCAUCUUGCAGACAGAGUGGCCAUGUAUGUCCACGCUUACACAUUAUACAGCGCCGUCAGGCCUUUUGGAUGCAGUUUCAUUCUGGGAUCUUAUGAUGAAGAUGAUGGCCCACAGCUCUACAUGGUCGACCCUUCUGGCAUUGCAUACGGUUACUGGGGUUGCGCGAUUGGAAAAGCCAAACAAGCUGCCAAGACAGAAAUCGAGAAACUACAGAUGAAAGAUAUGACCUGUCGAGAACUGGUGAAGGAAGUGGCAAAAAUUAUCUAUAUAGUUCACGAUGAGGUGAAAGACAAAGCCUUUGAGCUGGAGCUCAGCUGGGUUGGAGAAGUCACAAAAGGAAGGCACGAGCUCGUCCCCAAAGAUGUCAAAGAGGAGGCUGAGAAAUACGCUAAAGAAUCCCUGGAGGAGGAGGAUGACUCUGAUGAGGACAACAUGUAAACACAGCGCUGCAAACCUGACUUUCCUAUUCACUGAUUGUGUAUACCAUGUUUCACACAUUAUGACCAUUUCUCAACUUUACUGUGCAGACAAUAAAAACGUUUUUUAUGUU